UCAUAAUUUAUGAUAAUUACAUCAAUAAAAGCAAUCGAGAUCGAUAACUUCAAAAAGAAAUACUUUGCAGUUGGAGCCAGUGAAAAUGAAUGUACAGAUACAUACAGAUAGCUAGCUGCAUAACUAGCGUGAGCCUACGUACUUAUCUCUAGACUCUAUCUAUUAUUAGAUACCAGAUUUUACUCAUUGAUUUUCAUUUUUCUCCGCUGAAAUGUCAAGUAUUGAAUUUACUGAUGAGAUCUUAUUACUUUGUAAAAAUAGUAAAAAUACAUCGAGUGUGUGAUAAACUGAUAGUUCUUUCUUAUCAGAUUACUUCAUUCUUGCCAGGGAAUGCCGGUGCUGAAUGAUAAAGUUAAUCUGAAUAGCUACCUAGGACUUGUACGUACUUUAUUUCUGCAUUGCGACAGUGUUUUAUUUAAAAUAAUAUGCAAAACGUCAAUAUUGUGAGAAUGAAAACAACACUUGAACGUCAGUGAUAACGGUGAUAAACAUAACGCUGCGCUGUGAUUGGCGGGAACGUUUCGUAGCCCGUCAGACUCUAGACGCGCGUCAUUGGAGGACGGUAUUUGAAUUUUCUCCGGUUGAAGAUUUUCAUCUUCCCCUAGACUGUCUAUAUUGCGAAGUUUGAUCGAAAUCGAGAAGAUGAAAUUAAAGUGAUAGUUAAAUAUUGUGUAGCAAAUUUAUGAUUUAAAAAUAAUAAUUUUGAUUUAUCAUUGAGCUGAACGAUUGAUAAAUGUUGCGUGAAAAAGGUACAAAAUUGUAGGUAGUUCAUUACUUUGCGAAUCAUUCUGCUGUUUUAGUAUUCAUAAGAGCUCGUUUCAUGAAUUUGCGUUUCGAAGGAGGAAAGGAGCUCGGGCUAUUGUAAUCCAGCAUGAGUGCCAGUGAAUUAUCUUGCAAAAUGAACGACGACGUAACUACGAAACGUACCACCUUUGUGGUAGAAAACUGGUGCCAUACUCGUUCUGAAGUGAAUUAUUGUAAUUUCAUGUGGACUAUUCAUCAAUACUCGGAGUAUCAUUUUCAUCGAUCCAGUUCAUCUUCUAUAAACUCCUCUAAUUUCAAGUCGGCAGAAAGCGAAGACUACGUAUGGAGUUUACAGUUAUCUACGCCCAACGAUAAAAAAAUGAUCAGAUUAUACUUGUUGUUAGACUCCGAUCCUGAGCUGAGUAAAAAGGUUUUGGUGAAAUGUAAAAUGUCUGUUAUAAACGCUAACGGAGAAGAAACACAUAUUCGACAGCAGAACAAUUACGUAAAGCUUUCUAUUCGAGAUAAUUUAACAUACUUAUCAUUCAAAGAUUUCCUCAACGGAAAUGAUUUCUUGCAAGAGGAGACGUCACUAUUGAGAAACGGCGCGUUGACCAUUUUCUGCGAAGUUCAUUUCUUUCCUAAAGCGACUGUAACUACGAACUGUACUUCUAAUAAAUUCGUAGCGACUUUAUCCAAAGCCCGUGAAGGAUGCGAUCUUCAUCGUGAUCUAGAGCGUUUAUUCGAAGACGAAGAAUUUUCCGACUUUACGAUUUUAGUUGGUGAUGCGAAGUAUCAUGUUCAUAAAAUAAUUCUCGCAGCUCGAAGUAAAUUUUUCGCUUCGAUGUUCAAACGUGACAAGGAACGAAAUCGAAAUACUCAUGUUUUGGAAGUUACUAACACAGAACCAGAUGUAUUAGUAGAAACGUUAAGAUUUAUUUACACCGGAAGGUCGUCCAAAUUGGAAGAAAUGGCCUUCGAUUUAUUAACAGCUGCGGAUACGUACGAUUUGGAAGGACUAAAGACCUUAUGUGAGCAUCAGUUAGUGAAGGAGUUGACCGUGGAAAAUGCAGCGGAUUGUUUGAUAUGGGCAAAUUUACAUCACGCAGCAUUCUUAAAGGAGCAAGCCAUUCAGUACAUACGAUUCAACAUUGAAGCAGUUAAGAAAUCAGAAAACUGGUUCAAAAUAGCGCAAUCCGAGUUAUUAAAUGACGUAUUCAAUGCUCUCUUUCCGUAAGUGAUGAUAUUAUAGAUUGGCGCGUUGACUGAUAUUUCAAGCUCGAAAUGGGUAGAUUAUCAAUUCAUCGUGUUAUACUUUUUUAGAAUAGUAUGCUAGAAUUUUAGAAUUCUUUUAUCCUUUGCUUGACUUACCUAUCAUUGUUUUUUUAAUUUUAACCGCUAUAAAUAUGAUGUGAAUGAUAUAUUUACCUACUUUAUUCUUAAUUACAUACACGAUAUAUUACAAUCG